UGAGGCUCUGAAUCUUCUAAACCCUAGUCUUCUUAUUUGUGUGUUCGCAUCUUUGUUCUGUUGUUCGUCUCUCUCGAAGGAAAAAGGCACUGACGCAGGUUCCUGAGGCUUCUCUUCCUUUUCCUUGUGAGCGACUAUGGUGAGGGUUAGUGUGUUGAAUGAUGCUCUCAAGAGCAUGUACAAUGCUGAGAAAAGGGGGAAGCGCCAAGUCAUGAUUAGGCCAUCCUCCAAAGUCAUUAUCAAAUUUCUUUUUGUGAUGCAGAAGCACGGUUACAUUGGAGAGUUCGAGUACGUUGAUGACCACAGGGCUGGUAAAAUCGUGGUUGAAUUGAACGGUAGACUGAACAAAUGUGGGGUUAUUAGCCCUCGCUUUGAUGUGGGUGUCAAAGAUAUCGAACCUUGGACUGCUAGGCUUCUCCCCUCAAGACAGUUUGGGUAUAUUGUAUUGACUACCUCUGCUGGCAUCAUGGAUCAUGAAGAGGCUAGGAGAAAGAAUGUUGGUGGUAAGGUCCUAGGUUUCUUCUACUAAGUUAUUUUGAAUUUUGGAUGACAAUGGUUUCAAUUUUGAGAUUCACGAGUUGUAAUGGAGGAUAUGUUAAUCCCUUAGUAUAUUAUCAAGCAUUGCAGUAACUGUUUUGUUAUGUUAUUUAUUUUGGUUUGCAAAUCCAACUUGGUUACCAUUCACUUUCUGAUAUCUUUAUCGUUAUU